AUGGCCAGCAGCAUUUGCAACAGCGACUGGCGUCGAUGGUUGAAAAUUCAAACCCGGGAAUUCGCCCCAGAUUCCGCAACCAAACUUGACUGCUUUGGAAACCUUCCUGGGGAAAUUCGCAAUGAGAUAUAUCAAGAACUGAUCUUUGGCGAGGAUGAUCAAGAAGACAAGCCUUGCUCGGUCGCAAAGACUGACGGCAGCCGUUUCAGCAUUGCUGCCACAUGCCGAAAGUACCGACAAGAAGCCAUGUCCUGGUAUUACUCCAAUGCACAUUUCCACCUCUCGUCUAGUAAGUCGUUCGUAAGGAAGUGGUUCCCAAGGAAGUGGAGAUAUCUACCCUGCAAUCUACCAAUACGUCUCACGGAUGUCAAAUAUCUUAGAAGGCUUACGCUUUCACUGCAAACGGUACCCUCCACCCUGGAUAGGGAGGUGAAACCCCAGGAUCUGCUUGUACCAUUGGUUGGACAGAAUCUUAGAGAAGUAGCGAUCCAGAUUCGCGGGAGGCACGACGACUACGCCAACAGCGCUUUCGUGCUGGACCAACAGCACACAGUCAUCAAAGCUCUCAUAGUCCUUCUGCAUUCUCUCAAAAAGGCUAGAGUUGUGCUCGAAUUUGAGGAUGUGUUCUUCACUCCCGGCGUUACUGAAGAGUUACUGGAUGCAUACUACGAGAACAGGCCACAGUCUGCGGAACACAAUUUGGACAUCUCCGGCCGAUAUACAUCCUCCUUCUGGAAUACCUUUCUCCUCAGCAAUGGUUCAACCGGUCCGAAAAGGCGAUUGCAAUACCCCCACGAGGUGCUCGAACACAAAAAGAGAAGCACGACCUCAUCUCAAUUAGGAGAUUUUCGAUGGGCGGGCCCAAUUACGAUACUUGAUUGA